AUGAGUCUCAUGUCCAGUUUGGUUCCGCUCGCUAUGCUUUUCAUCGUCCUUGCGAUUCUCGGGCUUGCCGCCAUCGCAAUAUAUAAUAUAGUUAUGGAUGUUAAGAAGGCUACAAAGAAGAAAAUGGAGAAAAACAAUGUAACGUGGUCGCGGGAUGGAGUGACUGUCGAGGUAAAGGAGUUGAAUGAUGAGGAGUACAAGGAUAGAACGCAAAGUGUUCUCGUCGACGUCUGGAAUCACGGUGCCCCCCCUGACAUGAAUCGGCGGCGCUAG